GGCGCGUUCACCCUACCAGUUGCCGGCGUGGUCGCCAUGUGGCUCAGUCGGCGACCGGACGCGCGCGCAUUAUGUCGUGUCUGUUCCUCAUCGUUGUGCUGGCUAUCCACAGCCAGGCUUACGUGACGGAGCCGCCUUCGUUCGCGAAGCGGCUCGACAGACUCUACGAGAAGAUAGAGAGGUUCAAUUUGGCUCAAAGCGAACCGAUGCGUAUGGAAGAUAAACUGAAUGCGAAGUUAGCUAAGUUGAACGCGUUGACACCGAUGCGUUUGGGAGAUGAUGAUGAAGAGCUGGUAUCUACGAUGCAACUGUGGGGUGACAUGAGCGAGGAACAAGUGCGAGACGUGGUGCGCGAGCUGCAGCGGAUGAAGGAGCAUCCAGAGGAUAAGGUGGAAAAGAUGACAGACGGAGAAUACGGUGACAGUGAUUGGAAUGAUGAGGACCUAUUUUUGCAAGAUUUAAGUGAUGUUGACUACGCGUCGGACAGCGAGGGCUGGGCCCCGAUGGACGAUCCAGAAAGUUCAACGCUGAAAGGCGGCGCGGUGGUGCCCUCUGCCAUCACGCGUCAAGACGGCAGUUACAGAGAGGUCGUCAUAUCCGCAGUCGACCCCGUCGCUGCCACAAACGAACGUCCGAGGAUUCUUGACGAUUCGAAUCUAACAGCGAGUGAGCGCAAAACGCUCCGUCACGCGGCGCUGGAGAAUAUGCGCGACAUGAUGCGGUCCAGCAAGUGCCUGGCGCCACAGCCGCGCUGGCUACCCGUGCGACAACUCGCGCCCGCUGCCGACACCGUUUACAUGCCACCGUGCGUCCGCCUGCAUCGCUGCGCGCCUGACUCCGGCUGCUGCUACAGCGAGGCCGAGGUUUGCGCGCCCGUCGAGGGGAAAUACGUCGCUAUACCUUUAUAUCUUAAUAAGGUGGACAGAAACUUGACGAUUGCACGCAUGCUGUUCUUCAACCACACGCGGUGUGCGUGUGUGUCUCGCGACACGCUACGGGGGACGCUGCCAGUGCGCGCGGAGCCCCGGCCCGGUGAGGGCCAGGAGCGGCUCACGGAACGGCCUACGGAGCGUCCGGCGGAGCGGCAGCCCGACUGGCGGCCUACGGAGGAACCCCUGCUAGAGCGCGACGAGGCUCAAACCGCGCCGCCGCAGAUGAGGAGAUGCACGUGCCCGGUGCUGUUCUCGGCGCGAGUGUCCGGCGGGGACUGCGCGUGCGUGUGCGAGGCGGCGGAGGGCGCGCGGCGACGCGGCUGCCUCUCGCUGGCGCGCGGUCGCGAGCACUUCGGACUGCGCGACCGCGUGUGCGUCGCCCACGGGGACUGCACCCCGCCCGCCUGUGAGCACGGCCCCUACGACCGCACGCUCGGUGUCUGCCCGCUCAGAAAGUACCGUAGAAUACGAUACAACCGCAGGUUCCACACCGACAAGACCGCCCUCUGAUCGUCACAUACUCCGGUUAGGGUAAACUAGAACGGUUGUAGUCUUUCUCGGGAGAAAAAUCGGAGUGACUUUAAAUAAAACUGAAUUUGACCACGAUUGCAGAAUAUUAACGAACAAUUCCAAAUAAUAAAUAAUUGACUCCAUAUUUUGUACAAACACGAGACGAGAUUCCGAACGAGAGCGACAGAGGUUACUCCAACAGAGGGCGUUACUGAACAGAUGAAUGAAUGAUAAUUUAGAAUUUACCUUGACUUUCAGAGUCCAAAAUCCUCGUUUAAAACAUAUUGUUAUCUCUAUUUUGUCAAAGAUAAUGACAGGGAU